AUGCCUCCGCGUCGUUCUCACAAAAAGUCAAGGGCAGGUUGCCGCCGUUGCAAGUCGAGAAAGAUCAAGUGCGAUGAGGUGCAUCCUCGAUGCGGCAACUGCGUCAAGCACGGCGUCCCUUGCGACUUCGAACAUCCCGAAAUCAUUCCCGAGCUUCAAGCUGCCCAAGCUGCUUCAGCAUCCAGUCCUUCCACCGCCGGAACCCCUUACACUCCCGCAUAUUCUCCCGGUGCUGAGUCCGUAUCGAACGCUUCGACUUCGCGCCUCCAACGAGCACCGCCCCUAUGCCGCUCACCACCCUCACAAGCUCUCUCGACAACCACUCCGGCCGCCCACCGAAUGCUUGAGCUGAGGUUGAUGCAUCAGUACACCGCCAUGACAUGCAAGACAUUCACCUUCACCGCCCCUGUGACGGAGGAAAUAUGGAAGAUUACCGUGCCAGGCAUGGCCUUUUCGGGCUCUCAACACCUCACAGAUGCCAUCCUGGCCGUUGCCGCCCUUCACUUGCGAAGUCAAUCACCAAACGACAAAGAACUAGUCCGCGCUUCGCACGCAUACAUGGCAGCCUCCCUAGCCGAAUAUAGCGCAACACUUACCAAGGGCAUCGACAGCACCAACGCUGAAUCCCUCUUCUUAACCGCCUCCCUCAUCGCCUUCCAAUCAACAGCCACCCGCGUCUUCAUGAAAGACGAACUGACCCUUGCUCAAGCAACCGGGAACAACCCCGACAACUUCGACAAGCAAGGCCGAUACACAGCAGCCGGGUGCUACUCUAUCCCCUUCUCGUGGUUCCACUCCUUCCAGGGCGUCAAAGCCGUGACUGCCGCCUCCUGGCAAUGGCUACGAAACAGUCCCGUAGUGACAGAAGUGAUCAACUCCCAAGCUGUUUUGCAGCUCGACUUUGGCCCCAACCGCCAAACUUUUUUCGGUCAUCUUCUCGAUGGGCUAGAUGAGGAAUUGGAAGAAAUGUCCAACCCGUCUGAGCCAGCACCAUUACACCCCGGUUCGCCCGGGCAACCCUUCCAGCAGCGCCGGGUACCAGCCAGUCCAGAACUGGUGACAAGCUCCCGCCAAGCCUACCAACAUGCUGUCGCCGUGCUCAACUGGGCGCAUAAAAUCCCUCACAAGGGCGCGCCGCUAGCAUUCCCAGCAACUGUCUCGAAGCGCUACAUCGAAAUGCUCGAAGAGCGACGUCCUCGCGCUUUGGCCACCCUCGCAUGUUUCUUCGCUCUCCUGAAAUCCCUCGACUCGAUAUGGUGGCUGCACGGCAUGGCCCGUCGGGAGGUUUUGGGCGUGGUAUCUCUCUUCAACAGCGACUUCUUCGGUCCCGAGGCCUACAGCAAGUGGUGGCCGCACCUGGAAUGGGCGAUGCGGAUUGCGCUGUAUGAGACGACGGACGGAAACCCGACGAUACCACCCGAGGUAUGGGGAGCAGAUUGGUAUGCGGAGGAACAGGCGCUGGAGAACCAGGGAGGUCAUAAUUAUUAUCGACAUAUCGAGCUGCUGAGCCAGAUGACGAACCCGACGAGGAGUAUUCCUGUUGUUCCUGAGUGA